AUGGACACUCAGUCUGUCAUCACCGCAGAAGCAUGGCCCAUAUCACCAUCGCUUCUCGUCGCGAUACUCGCAGCCGUCGCGCUAGUCGUCUCGACCUCGUUGCUCUCCUUCCUCCGCCGUCGAUCCCCCUUACCUCCGGGCCCUUCCCCAUGGCCCAUCCUCGGCAACCUCCCCCAACUAGGUCUCCUGCCGCACCGCGCCCUGGCGAAGCUGGCGGACAGGUACGGCCCGAUCAUGACUAUCUGGUUCGGUUCCACGCCGACAUUGAUCGUCUCGUCGCCGGAGGUCGCUUGCGACGUGAUGAAAACGAACGAUAAGCUCUGCUCGUCCCGCCCGGUGCUUAAAACGGUGGCGAUUUUCUCUUUAGACGGCCAGAACAUCGCGUUUUCGCCAGACAAUGAUCAUUGGCGAAAGAUGCGACGGCUGGCGACGCUCCACCUUCUGUCUGCGAAGAAACUGCAGGAAAGCCUUCCCGUGCGAGAGGAAGAGAUUCGCGGCAUGCUCGACGCGAUUGCUGUUGACGCAGCUACUACUGCGGAUGUGACCAAAGGUGGUAAACCCGCCGCUCCGGCUGAUGACGGGAUAGAAGUGCGAAGGUACUUGACUCGCGCAACGCUCAACAACAUUUUGCGCCUCACUGUCGGGAAGCGCUUUUGCUAUUCCUCCAUUCGCGGCGCGGCCGACGUCUCGUCGAAGGCGAUUCUCGAGGCGGCGAUGAAGAUCGACUGGAACGAACGCAUCGCCGCAAUAACCGGCGAAAAAUGCGGCGGGAUCCGCGGCGAUGCGGCCGAGGCGGCUGCAGCUCCAGCUACGGGGUCUGCAGCGGAGAAGAAGGAAGGAGAGAUGCUGAUUGCUCUAAUCGAGGAGGGUUUCUCUCUCGCGGGAUCGUUCAAUCUCGCGGAUUACGUGCCGUGGCUGGGCGCCGGCGGCGACCCGCUGGGCAUGUACACGCGCGCGAAGCGCGCCACGCCACAGCUGCACGGAUUCAUGCGCUCGUGCAUCGAGGAGCGACGCCAGCUCGCGGCGCGGAAAGAAGAAAAGGAAUUCGAAACCACGCUUGUCGAUGUGUUGCUGGAGAUGGAAGGUGACGGGGAGGAUGAGAUCAAUAAAACUGAGCUUCUCAUGCUCGCUCUCGACAUGAUGCUGGCGGGAACCGAUUCCACCUCCAAGACGGUGGAGUGGACGCUCGCUGAGCUGGUGCAGCACCCGGACGUGCUGGAAAGGCUCCGUGCUGAGGUGGAUGCGGCGUAUGCCAAGUCAGCAAGUGCGGCCGCCGAAACUGGGGCGCCAGGAGGAGAAUCUGGGGUUGAGCUGGAGGGGAGGGGGAAGGGGAGGGAAGGGGAAGAGGAGGGGGGAGAGGAGGGGUUGGAGGGGGGGAGGUGGGUGGGGGAACAGAAGGGGCUGGAAGAGGGGAAGUGGGUGGCGGAAGAUGAGGGUCUGGAUUUGGGGAGGUGGGGGGAAAGAGGAGGGGCUGGAGGAAGGGAAGUGGGUGGAGGAAGAGGAGGGGUUGGAGAGGGGAAGAGGAGGAGGGUGCAACUUGCAAGGCUAUUUCAGUCAACGCCUUUCGUCAGAUCCUUGAUUGGCAGUGCGAUUUGUUAA